AUCUUUUUGUUCAACUUUUUAUGGCUGUGUAUAUUUCAUAUCAUUUCAAUUCAAUUUUGAUUCAAGCUAACGUUCCAACGUAAUAAUUGUUUUUGUAAACGAAUUAUAAUUUAAAUUUUAAAAAUGCCUAAAAAUAAGAAAGCGGAUACAUCAGACAGUGAUUCAGGCCCAGAUGAUAGGUUACCGGCAAAAAAAUCAAAACCCGCGGGAAAAUCAUCAGCAAAAGAAAGUAAUUCUGAAGAAGAUUUAUCAUGGCCAAUUGAUAAAAGACGUUUUGUUAAAUUACGUGAAUUUAAUAGAAAAUGGAUGGUUGACAUUCGUGAAUACUAUGACGCUGAUGGCGAUUUAAAACCUGGUAAAAAAGGUAUCGCAUUAUCGAUACCUCAAUGGCAGAAAUUGAAAGAAAUUGUGGAUGAAGUGGACGAAGCUAUUAAGAAAAAUGUAUAAUAUUUUCUAGGUUUAAACGUUUUUAUUCUUAUAAUUUUUAAUUUUAUCCUAAUAAUUUUUAAUUUGGGUAUACCUUAAUUUGUAAUACCUAUGUGUUUGAAAGGUUUUUCUUUGUGAUUUAAAAAAUGUUAAUAAUAUUAUUCCCAGUUGUUAAUUAUUAAGCGUCAAGCCCAGUGUAAUUUUAUCGUAAUGUAACUAUUAUUGAUUAUUGA